CUGUGGGCUGUGCGACGCGACCACGGAUUGCUCGCCAUGAUUCCACCUUACGAGGAAAAGAAUGUGGGCAAUCGCCCGAUAUACCGUCCUUUGCGCAAUCGGCACAUCCGUCUGGUAUGCAUCGAGCCUGCAGACCAAUCGUUGUCCGAGCUGCGAUGCCGUCUGGUACAUAUGCCCCUGGAAGGAGUUGGCGCCGCCGACUACAUGGCACUUUCGUACACCUGGGGAGGGUAUGAAACCGAGGCGCAUGUUUUCUUAACGGACUCCUGCAAAAGCCUCGCCAUCACGACAAACUGUGCGCAGGCAAUCCGCUGGCUUCGGCUCAAGGCGGAAAUAAGGCUGGUAUGGAUUGAUGCUAUAUCAAUUGACCAAUCCAAUGUACAAGAACGAAACUCUCAGGUGCGCAUGAUGGGGGACAUAUAUCGGAACGCCGGUCUGGUAAUUGUUUAUCUCGGUGAGGAAUCAUGUCAUACGUCCAUGAAAGAAAUAUCGAAUGCAGAUGUUUCGAAACGGAAAUCAAAAGACAUCGCUCCGGACAUUCUCUACAAACCAUGGUUUCGACGCAUCUGGGUCAUUCAAGAGGUCGUGUUAUCCAAAGCCGCCAUGGUAAUCUGCGGAGAAGCAUGUAUAUCUUGGGAUUGCUUUGUAAUGUGGGCAAAUCGACAUCGUUCACUUGCACUGCCGGGAGUUCUGUCUUACGGCUCAGGCUUUUCUCCCACGAAAAAAACAUUACUCCACCAGCUGCAAGCAACACGAGGUAGCCGCGCUUCGGAUCCACGCGACAAAGUUAUUGCACUUUUAGGACUUCUCCCUCAUGAGGAAUUCUUACUUUACAGUCCUUUGAUAGACUACCGGCUACGUACGGAAAUCACCUAUGCGAAAACGGCCUCGAUGGUCAUACAAGCAGAGAGAUCGUUAAGAGUACUCUCGGCGGUCCAGAACUCGUCAUACAGAUAUCUCAAGUUGCCAUCUUGGGUCCCUGACUGGAGCAUACCUAGCCGGCAAAAGGUCCUGGGCAUCGAUGCUACAAUGGGCGAGCCAUACGACGCUGGAGGCAGGCCGGCGCAUUGUGAAAUCAUUCGAGAGGAGAUCCUCAGAGCUACAGGGCUUGAGAUAGGCCGUGUGGUGGGCAUGACAAUGCCGGCCUCAGAUCUCAACAAAUGGUACGAGUACUUCAAAGCCCACUGGCGAUCCUCGCCCAAGAUCAGCAAACAAGACCACGACCUGAAGCCCUCACAAAUAUUCCAAAAAAUCAUCACCGGCCGCGCGUCUUCCACCAUCGACUCCUCCUGGACGGACCCCAAGCCGCACUCGCGCUCCCUCCUGUUCGGAAAACGCAUGGCCCCGGAAAUCAGACGGCGGGCCCAAAGAGUGUGCUCGCGCCGUCUGCUCUUUCGCACGGAAACAGGCCUCUUUGGCAUCGCGCCCGUGGACACGCGCAAAGACGACGUCGUCUGCGUCCUCUUGGGCGGCCCGACGCCGUAUAUCCUGCGCAGAGAGGGCCCGGAGUCCAAGUAUUUUGCGCUGGUCGGCGAGUGCUAUGUCUACGGGAUGAUGAACGGGCAGGCCCUGGCGCAUCUGGAGGCGAAGCUGCGGGCUGCGGGCCAUGUGUUUUGCUCGGCGGCGACGGCGACGGCGGCAGAGUGGCCGUGUUCGGCGCCGCUGAGGGAUUUUGUUAUUCGGUGAAGUGGGGUGAUUAUUUGUAGGAUAAUUGGAGUGUAUGCAAUUUAAUCAUGGGAGGCGGAGUUUACUUUCUGUAGGAUUCAUGGGCUGAAAGUAUUAAUUUGUGUUUGUCUGGUG